AUGGUACUAAAUAAGUUGGAAAAAAGAUUUAUCUCAAAUAUAUUAUUGAUGAGCAAAAAAAAUAAAGAAAUUUUACGAAAAAAUGAUGUUAAAACAAAAUCUGAUAUGGAACCUCAAGUGAUUGAAGAAAUUAAAAAGAAAAAAAAAAUUUUUAAACCUAGAGGUAGAACAUAUUUUAAUGUUAGUACAUUAUAUACAAUAGCUAUUGCAAAUAUAGCUAUUGUAACAUUUGGAUUACAUCAAAUAUAUUAUCUAUACUAUGUUCAACCACAGUUAUCAGUUACAAAAUCAGAUUUACCUAUAGUUAGUAAUACUUCACCAAGUGAUUUAUUAAAAUGGAGUACAUAUCGUCCUCAUUUAUAUUUUGGUUUACGAAAUCGACAUCCAGAAUCACCAUUUUUUGGUUUAUUAUGGUAUGAACAUCCUACUGAAAAAACAUUAUUAUACAAUACACCUGUUCGUCAUUGGUGUGAAAGUGGAGAUUCUGUUAAAAAUUAUGCCUGGCUAUUUCAUGAUGGAAGAACAUAUGGAAAACAAAGAAUUAAUGAUGAAAAACAUCAGUUAAAUACAAGUUUUAUAAGUGAAGGACAUUCUUGGAGUGCUCAUGUAUCAAUAAAAAAUACCACAAAAACUACCAAAAGAAAUGUAGCAUUAAUUUUUUAUUUUGCAUCUCAAGAUAAUAAAACAUUAUUUGUUUAUGAUGAAAGAAAUAAAAAAAUUAGAGGUAAUUCAAAAAAUUUUGAACAUUUUGAGUUACAAUUUCAUUCAAAAAAUCAUAUUGAUCAAACAUUUUUAUUUAACUCAACAAUUAUUAAUCCUGUUUAUUAUAAAGAAUAUAUAAUGAAGAAUAGUAAAUUAUUGAAAGAAAGGCAAAAUUAUGUAUUACCAACAAUUAAACCGGUAAAAGAAACAACAACACCUCAAAAAUUUGUUGCUGUACAAUUUAAUUUUGAAGUUUCAGGAGAAGUUUAUAUUACAUAUAAAUCUAAAAAUGGUGGUGUUUAUGUAGGAGAAAAUUAUAAUGAAAAAUUGAAAGAAAAGGCAAAUAAAUUUUUGGUAAAAUUUGAGAAGAAAUUUAAUUUGAAUAAAAGGAAUGCUUCAUCUGCUCAUAAACAUAUGGGAAGGAUUGCUUUGUCAAAUAUGUUAGGUGGAAUUGGAUUUUUCCAUGGAUCAAAUAUUGUAAAAUCGAAAUAUGCUUCAAGUGACUAUUUACUUUAUUAUGGUCCUCAUAACUUGUUAACAGCUGUCCCAUCAAGACCUUUUUUUCCAAGAGGUUUCCUGUGGGAUGAAGCAUUUCAUAAUAUUUUAAUUAGAAAAUUUGAUCCUGAAUUAUCUUUUGAAAUAUUAGGUAGUUGGUUUGAUACUAUUAAUGUUGAAGGUUGGAUACCACGUGAAAUGAUACUUGGAAAUGAAGCACAAGCCAAAGUACCAUCUGAGUUUAUUAUUCAAAAGGAUGAUGUCGCUAAUCCUCCAGCUUUCUUUUAUUUAAUUGACCAAUUUUUACACAAUUUACAAUUUGUAAACAGUCACAAAGAAUCUUUAAUUAAACUAUAUCCUAGACUUCAACUCUGGUAUAAUUGGCUCAAAAAAAGUCAAAGUGGUCCAAAAAAAGAUCUUUUUAAAUGGAGAGGUCGUGAUGAUAAUGUUGAUAAAGUUUUAAACCCAAAAACACUUGCUUCAGGUUUAGAUGAUUAUCCUAGAGCUUCUGAUCCUUCUGAUGAAGAAUAUCAUUUAGAUUUAAAAUGUUGGAUGGCAUUAUGUAGUAGAGUUAUGAGACAAUUAUCAGAAAUUGUUAAAUCAGAUCAAAUAGAUGUUAUUGAAAAUUUACGCAAAGAAGAAAGUGAAUUAAAUAAUUAUGAAUUAUUAAAGAAAUAUCAUUGGUCUGAUGAAUCUGAGUCAUUUACAGAUUAUGGUAACCAUAGUAUGAAAGUUACAUUAGAAAAUGAAUUGUAUCGUGAUCAUAAUGGAUAUUUACAAUACAAAUGGUUUAGAAAAGUCUGGAAACCAGCAGAAUUACGUUUUGUUGAUGAUGUUUUUGGUUACAAUAGUAUAUUUCCAUUUCUUUUAAAACAAAUACCUCCAAAAGCCCCAGAGUUAAAGAUUAUUCUUAGAAAAAUUGGUGAUCCUGAUAUUUUAUGGAGCAAAUAUGGACUCAGAAGUGUAGCAAAGAAUUCUCCAUAUUACAAUAAAAGAAAUACUGAACACGAUCCUCCAUAUUGGAGAGGUAAUAUUUGGAUAAAUAUAAAUUAUAUGGCAUUAUCAUCUUUGAAGUAUUAUGCUGAUAUAAAAGGUCCCUAUCAAACUAUGUCUCUUCAUUUGUAUGAAAAAUUGCAAAGCAAUGUUGUAUCUAAUAUAGCCAACGAAUAUAAAAAAACGGGUUUCAUUUGGGAAAAUUACAAUGAUCAAACAGGUGCUGGACAAGGAACACGACCCUUCAAUGGAUGGAGUUCUUUAGUCUUAGCAAUGUUAUCUGGUGAUUUUAAUUAA